CUCUGCUGGGCAGCGUUGCGCGUCAAAACAUUGCGUCUUUGCAGGACUUGCCAGGGCCGGAGAGCAGAGGAAAUUUGUCUGGGAAGGAGGAAUGCGAAAGAGAUUUUAGGAUUGGCACUGCCACGACUUAACAAGGAGGUGCGACAUUUUCUAGACUACGUGGAGACCCGUUUCUUCCUUUCAAAGGUGUUCACCUCCCGACCCGCCGCCCACCACGGCCCUCACCUGUGUGUUGCGGUGCUUUCCUUGUGAGCCGACCUGGGCUGGCAGUCCCUUCUUGCACCGCCCGCCAACACCGCCCAUGGUCAGGAUGACGCGCUCCAAGACUUUCCAGGCAUAUCUGCCGAGCUGCCACCGAACCUACAGCUGCAUCCACUGCCGAGCUCACUUGGCCAACCACGACGAGCUCAUCUCAAAGUCGUUUCAGGGCAGCCAAGGCAGAGCCUAUCUGUUCAACUCAGUGGUGAACGUUGGGUGUGGCCCUGCAGAGGAGAGAGUUCUGCUGACAGGACUGCAUGCUGUGGCAGAUAUCUACUGUGAGAACUGCAAGACCACUCUGGGCUGGAAAUAUGAACACGCGUUUGAGAGCAGUCAGAAGUAUAAAGAGGGCAAAUUCAUCAUUGAGCUGGCCCACAUGAUCAAGGACAACGGCUGGGACUGAGGGUCGAGGUGACAGCCGCAGCGGAGCAGUGGGACGGGGACGGCUGGACGGCCGCGUGGGAGGGAGGGAGUCGGGUGGGGUUCGGGGAGAGUCGUGUGUGGUGGGUGAGUGUGUGACUUUGGUUUGGCUGAUUUACCAUUAACCUCUGUAACUUACCGCCCAUCCCUCCCUACUACACCUCUUGAUGUACACACACACAGACCCGCAUCAAGGUCCCAGACAUCCCAGUUUGACAGACAGACGGACAGACGGACUAGGCAGGCUUGUGCGCAGCUAGCAGGACUAGGUGACUGGCCAGCAGCAAUAGACGGGACGAGAUGUCUCAGUUUAUAGUUUUAUUUUUUUUCUGAAACAAAAGUUUUAUAAAAACCAGCUCUUAAAAGUCCUCUACAGCAGUCGGGAGACACGUGAAUCGUGUGGAUUAUUCUACUUUGCCCAACGAUGAAAAUUAACACCAGUUCCUCCAGGGUCAUCCCGCUGGAAAUCUAGCCAGGAGGCCGGUUUGCUCAGCCAGGCGAGUCCGCCGGCCUCGGUAGCAGAGCUGAUGGGGAUUCACUCUGUCCCCAGCAUGAAUGAGAUGACCUAAGAUGAUUAUAGAAAAUCCAGUUGAUUGGACCCAUGCCAGCCGGGCCAGUGAUGAGGCCUGGCACUGAGGACCAAGCACACGGGCGCUGGGCCGGGGCGGGGGUUGAAUGGAGCGACUGCGUCGCCUCCCACGUAAAAUGGUGACCCUGAUCCUAGUCAAUGGCUUCUGGCUGGGAUCUGUUUCGUAACUCACCAGUGAUACAGCUCAGGAUGAGUGAAAAGAUACAGAUGGAUGGCCACCAGCUUGUACUAAAGCCUCACAGGAAUUCACCCCCUCAGUGGCAAAGCACUCCCCCUGGGAUUUUUCCCUCCUUCAAAACACAGAGUUGUGCAAAGCGGAUCCUCCCCGUAUAUGCCUGGAGUCGGCCUAUGGACCGCUGGGUUCCUAUUGGUCACUUAGCCAUACAGAAUUACAUAACAUAAGCAUGUCUCAGGUCAGCAGCUUUGGCUGGGAUUCCCAAAGGUUUGCGAACACUAUGAGUAUCUCUCUUGUGGGGAAUUGAGGGACGGUGGCCUAGGGGGUUCUGGAGGGUUCUGCAGAGAUAGAGGCAAGGAAACAUGCAGAAGUCAGUUGUAACAGAGUUCAUACAUGAUGAAUAGGUAAAAUCUCCCCCUCUUAGGCACUCGUUCUGGGAUGAGUGCUGUUAUACUGCUGUUACCACGGUCAUUUUAGACCGGCCCUCACAAAGCCCACAGGGCAACAUUAUGACGCGAUGCUCCUGGUAGUCUCACUUAGUCCUUUGUUCUGUAAUGCACAACUCUGAUCAAUUUAGGUUUUUCCAGCUUACUAAAGAGCUAUUAUUGGCCUUUGAUUGGUAAUAUUUAAGCUAUCUUUACUGGAAAGCAUUGCUCAGGUAUAUUAAUGUUAACUUUUCUUUGCCAAGGCAGGAUCCUACUUAUUGUGCUGGAUGUGUUAUUCUCGGGUGGAAAUGCAUCGUUUUCAAAUGGGAGAAUCUAUCACAGCAGCCUCCAUCACAUGCAAACGAUAAAGCCUGCAUGAUAUGAAACAAGCUUUCUGACUGAUUUCGUGCUAUGUCAACGUCACAGUUUUGUGAAAUAACAUUGUGUGUUGCAAUGAAACCUUGUGCUGUAUACGACAUCUGAUCCCGUUUCAUCUCAGUCCACUUGAGCUGUGAGACGUUCUAAGCAGCGGCACAAAGUGCAGAUUAAAAUCUGACCCUGGUGUAGAAAAGUUAAAUUAGUCGCCGUUUGCCACAUGGCUUUGUGCAGGCAUUGCUCUAAAAGUUGCCCUGUAUUGGCCUCUCCUGUUACAACCAAGCAGUUAGCUCUCGUCAGUGACUCGCAGCAGCCGCGGCCGCUCAGGCGGCGGCUGCAACGUUGAACCCAGUACAACCAAAGAACUCACCCGUCAACUAGGAAUUGACCAAACAAAAGAUUUCAUUUUGCUCGGGCAAAGUGUUGCAUAACAAGAGGGUGUGUGUGUAGCUGAGAGCCAAGUUUGUGGAUAACCUUCUCUGUGAUAUAUAUACAUAUAUAUAUAUAUAUAUAUAAAAUACAUUAUGAUUUUGUAAACAGAAGAUCUUAAUAUAUGGAUAUAUUCUAUUUACUGUAUUCAUUAUGAAGAUUACCGUUUAUGUCAACAUCUGUGUUACUGACUGUAAAUAGUGUUACUGUAUUGUGUUUUAUCCAUAUGAUGAUGUAUGAAUAUGAUUUAGAUCAUGUCAUGCUUUCUCUCUGGUACCCCACAUUGGCUGUAUGAUAGUACUUUUUUACUGAAAAUGUUUCAAUUUUAUUGUCUUUUGUAAAGGAGGAUGCUGAUGUUGACUUUAUGUCAUGGAUCUUCAUCUAAUAAAAUGCACCUUAAUAUCGA